GUUCAACGAAUGGUAGCUUGAUUCCUCUUCUCCUCUGCCAUCAGGAUGACAACUGGGGAGAAACCACCACCGCCAUCACUGGCACUUCGGAACACAGCAUCUCCCAGGAGGACAUUGCUAGGAUCAGCAAGGACAUGGAGGAUAGCGUCGGACUGGAUUGCAAACGCUACCUUGGCCUGACAGUGGCGGCCGUCCUGGGUCUUCUCGUUUUCCUCACCCCUAUUGCCUUCAUUCUCUUACCCCCAAUUCUGUGGAGGGACGAGCUGGAACCGUGUGGCACAAUAUGCGAGGGGCUCUUCAUCUCGGUGGCGUUUAAGCUCCUCAUCCUUCUCAUUGGCUCCUGGGCCCUCUUCUUCCGCCAUCAAAGAGUGGAAAUGCCCCGGAUCUUUGUAUUCCGGGCCCUCUUGCUGGUCCUCAUAUUUCUGUUUGUGGUCUCCUAUUGGCUUUUCUAUGGCGUCCGCAUCCUGGACUCAAGGGACCGGAAUUACCAGGGCAUCGUGCAAUAUGCAGUCUCCCUCGUGGAUGCGCUUCUCUUCAUCCAUUACUUAGCAAUUGUACUCCUAGAAAUCCGGCAGCUACAGCCCAUGUUCACGCUGAAAGUGGUCCGGUCCACGGAUGGCGAGUCACGAUUUUAUAGUCUGGGAAACUUGAGGUAAGUCGAGAAAUUCAGGAAAUGUCCCUUUUUGUGACUUGCUAGAAAACAACUGGAGUAUUUCUGAUUUGUUAAAUGUCUGAUGACUGUCUUUCCCUGUGUUCUAAGAGGAGGCAGCUGACGAAUCUCAUUCCUAUUCGAGGGAAGGGAGUAACUGUCUAAUUUUUGAACCAGACUCUCUCUGAGUGUAGUUAAUAUAGUAUGGGUGUGAAUAUGAAUCAGGUAACCAUGGGAAAAUAUUCUAAAUGAAUUAAUUCAAUAAUAUUUUUCAAUUCAAAAAAAAAGAAAAGAAAGAAAAAAAGAAAAAGGAAAUAUAGUAUGGGUGUGAAUAUG